AAAGAAGAGGAAACAAGUUGAACCAGAGGAGACUGUUGUGACCAUGAAACCCAGCAGAGAGCAAGAAGGAUCCUCCACUUCUUCCAAAGAGUUGGGACAAAUGAUUGUGACAAAUAGGCGAGGGAAGCCAUUAAUACUCGCGAGGAAAGGAGGCCAGGCUGCCGUGGAAACCACAUCCUCUCCUGUUACGUUAACUACUGCCAGCCUAGUGAUGACUCCACAAGGGCAGGUGCUUACAUUGAAGAGUUCCCUGAUGCCAGAACAGGUAGCCACUGUUCCUUCCACACUUCUGCAAGUUUGAGCUAAAGUCUCAAGUUGCUAGCAACACAGUUACAACACAGCCAGGUAUUGCAUCCGUGAUGAUUCAGCUACCGUGCUCAACUGUUCCUGUCCAAGUGAAAGGUAUCCUCGCUAACUCAGCUAUUCCCAUUACACUACCAACCAUUGCAAGUAACCCAGGGCCCCCACCUGUUGGAUCAGCUGCAGAACUUGCUUCAGAGUGUGAAGAUUCAUUCGUGAUGCCAAAAAUUGUCAAUGUGACAUCACUGGCUGCUGAAGGGGGAGUUAAUUUAAGCCUGAAUAGAACCAAGAAUUCUCAUGUAACCCCAGGUGCUGGUGCCCAGACAUCUGAGCAGUCCCUGAAAGCAGGACCUCAUGAAAACAGGCAGAAUGAGGACAUCCUUUCAGAAGAAAAAAACAAGGCAUCUCCUGGAGACAGCUGUGGAGAUGGGAAAAGUGCCACAGGGCCCACGGAAAUUUUCCUUGAAAAUAAAGACAACAGCUUUCCACAGAUUCGGAAUGUACCUACAGUAAAAGACUCUUCAGAGUCCUUUGCUAAAAAGCUUUGUAUUGGAGAGUUUGUUGGAAACCAGGGGAGGAAGAAAGAGAUUGAUCAGGGAGGGGAAAGGUUGAAGCCAAAGGAUUUUCCAUUCCGCAAGCUGCAAGUUAAAGAUCUCAAAGACUCCAGGAUAGAAAUGGAACUGAGGAAAGUAGCCUCUGCAAUGGAGGAAGCAGAACUAGACCCAAGUGAGUUACUGGGCAGCAUUGAAGAGAGUGAUGACACUGAUGAAACCCUCACUUCACUUCUCAACGAAAUUGCCUUUCUCAAUCAGCAGCUGAAUGAUGACACUUCUGGCAUGUCAGAGCUGCCCAAUACCCUGAGUUCAGACUUUUCCCCAGAAGACUCUGAAACUCUCAGGGGAGCUGCCAGUGACCUGGCUGCUGCAGAUGGAUCCUCCUUCCCGUACGGUCACUUGGGUAGCAGUUUCAAGGCCCUUUCUGAAGUUCGCGAGAGUAGUGGCUCCAUAAGCCCCCUCCUGCUUCACCUAGAAGAUGAUGACCUUACGGAUGGUGAGAAGAACUCUGCAGAACCUUCAUCUCAAGCAGAUAUUUUGAAGAUAGUGAUAGGCUCUGACAUGAAGGACCCACUUGCCAAACUCUCAGUAACUGAUGGUGGUCACGGUAAAACUUUAGAUCCCUUGGCAGAGACCAGUGUGUCUCCUCCAAUCCUGCAAAUGAAAACCAAUCUAGAAGCUGGUAAUACUGACACAUUGUGGAGGCCUAUGCCCAAACUGGCCCCACUUGGGUUAAAAAUUGCAAAUCUUCCAUUAGACUCAGAAGGGCAGAGUACCAAGGUGAUGCCAGUGUUGGCGCCUGUAGUUGCAAAACUGGCACCCAUUGGUUUAAAAAGUAAAUUACCUGCAACUGACCAGGAAGAACAGGACAGUAAAAUAAUGCCCACAUUAGCCUCUGUAGUUGCAAAAUUGAAUAGUAUUGGGACCUUGCCUUCAAAUUCUGCAAGUAAAUAAAUGCUUGGAUUUUUCAGUGGCUGAAAGAAAAAUCGGGAGCAAAUGUGGACUAUGAAAGGAGUUGGUGUCUUGAGUUUUAAUAUCUUGUGUCUUCAGACACUUGUUUUCUGUACACUGUAAAGAAAAUAUGGUAUCAGUGCACUCUUCUGACUGAGGGCAGGCCCCAAGCUGAGAAAUCAAUGCUAUGAAACUUUAAUUAUGUUACCAUGAAUUUUACCUCACUGCUGUGUUCUGGAUGUUCCUUUCCCAGAAAGAAAACAAUAUGAUUUAUUACCAUUGCUGGGCAAAUGGUAUUCUUCCAACAGUGGAUCCUUGAUAAAUAGAGUAUGAAAUUAGAGGUCUGAUGGACUCAGGCCACUGAGAGAUUCAUACCUUACCAGAGAUGCAGUUGUUUCUGGAUGAGGAGAAAUCAGGCAUAUUAGCUCUUGUACCAGCCAAAUUAACUAUCUAUGCAGAAGCAGGGUUGCUCACAUCUGCAGUUUGUGCAGAGCCCACAGAAUGUAAUAAGCUUGUGUAAAGGAGAUUUGGAGCAAGUUUGUUCAAACUGGUUGCCCUGAGUGGAGAAAGGGAGAUCAGGGAUAGAUUUCUCAAAAUGCUAAUGUCAAAAAUUUCCAUUCUUCAGUGCAAAAGAAUUUUCUUCCUCCUUAGGCUUUCUAUUAGUUCCUGCCCACACCAUUUCCAUAUUAAAUCUUAAACUCCCAUCAUAAGGUAAAGAAGGAAAUUUUUGUAGUCCAGUCAGAGUUUGGAUAAUUGCAACAACCAGUGAUGUAUUUUUAGUUAGCUAAUUUUAAAAAGAUAAUACCAUGCAAUGUUCUUCCUUGAGCAUGCUUGGCAUAAGACCGCAUCCAGAAUGAACAAAUUCCGAUAGGAAAAAAACCAUCUGGGUAUCAGAUUGCUAAUUCUUUAAAAGCAUCACUGAAGUAGUUUGUGUGUCAUUUGUCUCCGUUUCGCCUCUCCUUCCCUUUUUCCUCCCUUCCUCGUGGUUCUUAAAGACAUACACAUCUGAAAUUCAUUUACAGGAAGUGACCCUUUCAGGAUGAUUGGAAGAUAAAAAUAAAUGUGUGCAUGUGCAUGUCCUUCCAAACCAUCCAUUGUUUUACAAAUUCAGGACAGGUACUCAGUUUGCUCAUUGCAUUUAUGCAGGAUGUGUAUAGCAAAACAAAACAAAAAAGCUCAUUACCAGGGAAAUAGGGGCAGUAUUUGAAUAGCAAAAUGUAUUUUUAUUCUCUUCUGCCACCACUUAUUCUAAAAACUGUAGUUACUCUUCACAGUUAAGCUGUUGGAAGUGAAGGGCCUGCAGACUGUAAAGAUAUUUAUAUUUUUGUAUAAACUUUUUCUUUUCAUAGUUUCCUUGAAUGACAUUUUCAGCCUAGAAGAGACAUUUGUUAAUGAGUGUAUAAAUGAUUUUUUUCCUACCUAGUUUGUAAAUAAUUCUUAGGUGCUCCUAAAAAGUAAAAAUAACUGCUGUGAAAAAUCUGUAGAAACUGGGAAAUGGCACAUUUUGCCUUUCUUGCAUAAUUGUAUUUAGGAAUGUAAUCCCUGCUCUUAUACCUGAGCAGAGGCAGUUGGGAUUCCACAUGCUGCCAGUUCUCCCCACUUUCCCCUAUUGUGAUGCACUAAUGUAGAAACUUUCAUCUCUCCCAGUACCAAGGCUAAGCCUGUGUGUCUGACUUUCACUUGCAAGUGCUGUAAGUGAGGUUCUUCCACUGUUCAGAAGCUGUGUCAAACUACAUUUAGUACAAAUGUAUUCCCUAUUCAGUACACUGCAGCUACUGGACUUGUGUCUGGAAUGGCUGUGUCACUGGGUACGUAUGCCAUUUGGUGUUCUUUUUCUUUGUUACAAUUGUAUCUUGGGCUGCAAAGAAAAGAUAUGGUUCUUAAGAUGGGUAUGCAUAAAAUUACUCCAGACUUUGUGUAAUGGAGGUGUCUCUACUUUCUACAAGGUGAGUUUGAAAACAGUUGGAUAGGUGGAGAUUGCUUCUGUUACCUUUGUAUAAUUUACAGUUUAAUCUCAUUUUGUGUCAUAAAUGCUAAUCUUCCUGCACUAAAGGUUUGAAGAAGAGGGGAUAGGUUAGCAUAAGAACCAUGCAAAGCCUUACAGCUAUCGUUCAAUGCCUUAGAAAGGGGAACAACUCUAAAUACGUGUUUACACCUACUUAGACUUCAGAGGCUAGAUUCAAACCUCAUUUGCAUCAGUAUAAAUCUGGAGUAACUUUACUGAUGUCAGCAGAGUUUCACCAGUUUUACACAGAUGUACCCAGCCCUGCUGAUGCAAAAGGGGCAAAGGGGACAUCUGCCCUAGGGCCUGGCUGCCACCACUGCUACUGUGGUAAUGGCAACAGUUGCGGCUCCAUGCUCUUUAAAUUGUUGCUGUAGUGCCACAUGGCACACUCCAAGCAUCUCUGAGGGCUAGUUGCCCCAGCUCCACCCCUUCCACCAAGGGCCCUGCCACUUCCGGGAGAGCAGAGCCAUCCCCUGAAGUACCUUGUCCAAGGGCCCAGCAACUAUGUUGGUCCCCCAGAUAUACCUGAGAAUUUGGAUCUGGGUAUUUUAAACUGGCUGAAGUUGCUUGUCAUUCUGCCCAAGACAGUUUGGUUUGCCAUUAAAUUCAACUUCUUGCUAUGUGUGAAACAGCCACUAGCAUUGCACUGAAGGUACCCCACACACACACAAAAAGCCACUAAAUUUCCUCUCUAUCCCCCAUCACUUCUUGAUCCAAAAUGGCUGCUGUUCAUUUUUAUGUUAAAGUUUUAAUCCAUAUCUGUACAUUAAGAAAAUUAUGCCUUUCUCAUUUCAUAGAACACAGAUAGCAUUAAAGUCACUCAAAUACUCUUUUAAAAUAACCCUACCUGCCUUGUGGGUCUGUUGGCUAUCAUCAAGGUGAUAGAAAAUGUCUAGAUACAUAUUUACAGUUGUACUGUUUGGCAGUCAGGAAUUCUUGCUAUAACAAAAAGAUAAUGUUGAGAUGAAAGCUUGAUGCCAUAAAACUCACUAAAGUCUGCAGGAAGAGACCCCAAAAUGAAAAGAACCAAUAGGCACGUGGCCAAGUUAAGUGUUUGGCUGGUUCUGCCUAGCAACAAAACCCCUUUGAAAAGGUCAUUAGGCUUUGAUUUUCCUAGCCCUUACAUAUCAUCUUUUAAUUUCACUAUCAAUUUGAAUGUCGAAUCCCCUCCUACCCAUAGCCCCAAAAUGAAUAGGUUUGGAACAAACCUUUUGGAAAUUAUGCACACUAUUGAGAGACAAUAGCGGGGUUUGGAAUCAGGAGAACAAAAGAAACCUCUGCAAGGAGCACAUUCUCAUUAGACCACAAGUCCUGGAAACUUCAUUUUUUUAGAUAUGUUUGUAAAUAGACAGAUGUUUUUAAGAAUAUAAUGUAAUGUCAGAUUUAGCUUUUUUCCUUUUAUAUAUUAAAAUAUAUCUUUCCCUCUUUUCAGCUUUUGACAAAUUGAUAUUUUUGUAGAAAUCUAACAGUACAGGACUGUUCAAUGACUGUAUGUGUGAGAGAGAGAAAGCAUAACAUUAAAAUAAAUGUUCAACCAGGCUUUGGAAAUUUAUUAC